AUGGGUGCUCCAAUUCUGUUUGUCAAGAAGAAUGAUGGAUCCCUCUGGAUGUGCAUUGAUUCUUGGGAGUUAAAUAAGAUGAUAUACUCCAAAACAAAUGAAGAGCAUGAACAACAUUUGAGGUUUGUAUUGCAAGGAUUAAGGGAGAAGCAAUUGUAUGCCAAGUUCUCCAAAUGUGAGUUUUGGUUGGAUCGAGUAACGUUUCUUGGUCAUGUGGUUUCCAAGGAAUGCAUAUCAAUGGAUCCUAAUAUGGUAGAGGCAGUACUUGAAUGGAAAAGGCCAACAACAAUGAAGGAGGAGAGUUUUCUAGGCUUGACUGGGUAUUACAGAAAAAUUGUGCAAGGGUUUGCUAAACUUGCUCUUCCAUUCACUCUACUUACCAAGAAGGAGACUCAAUUUCAGUGGACAUAUAUAUGUGAGCAGAGUUUCUAG